CCGACCUUUCGAUUCUGACUUGAUCGUCCCGGGCCAAGGUUCCGUUUGCAUUGCGUAGGUAGGAUUGUACGACCUGACCAAUCCAGUCCCAACGCCUCUCUUGAUCCCCCGCGUCUUGUAAGUUUCUAAUGGUGACUGAUCAAACCUGGGUAAUCCCCCCUUGCAGAGUGACAGAUCCUCAUCACCGUUUGCUUGCGGGUUUGAACGAUUGAAGCGCGCCGUCUAACCCGAAUAAUCUUCAUACGUCAAGCCUCCCGGUGUGUUGCGAGAUCCCGAUCAAGUCAAAUCACCAGCUACGACGCCUGGCGCACAUCUUUCCAUCACCUCGUGAUUUGCUCUCCUCUACUGGCCUAGUUACUUGCCUGCAACGGAAGUAGGAAUUCUUUAUCAAGUCCUGAGCCCGCUCCACCCUUUUGCCUCCCCAAUUCCUUCCUACACAGCAGCUCAGGUUACAUUCCCACAUGUGACUUCUUGCAUCAAAUCAUCUGCACGAGCUUCCAUCAUCAUACCUGUGGAUCAAAUUUUCGUAUACUGAAUAUGGCCUCCCAAUUCGAAACUAUGGCCAAACUUCGUUCGGUAACGUCGAGCCCCUUCCCUCCCGAAUCAGAUGCUCUCCGCGGCCGCAAGAGGCACCGCAGCCUCACGAGAUGUGACCUAGAAGCCACGCACUAUGGCGGCACGGGCGAGUCCAGCACGCUCCGGGGCCGACCCCGUCGUCGAUCCACCUCGCCGACGCCGGUUUCAUCCAGAGCGUCUUCGCGAGCCGGAGCCGGAGCCGGCGGCGGCGGCAUGACGAGUACGACGGACGUGUCUCCCAUGAGGAAGCGUCUCCUCCGCGUCGUGCUGCUGGAGCGCCGACGAAGCCAGAGCCCCUCUCGGUCUAGGUCGCCUGACCGCAAGCAAGCCCCACCCCGACGCCGACACAGGACUCGGAGCCGGAGCCGAACGCAUCAUACCAAAGACUUGUUCCAGCCGAAGGAUCAGCUGCCUCGGCUUUUACUUGGAGAGCAGGCACAUAAGAAGGUGGAUACAUCGGUUCAAGCCUGAUUGUCAGCUGAUCUAGGCAGCACGCGAACAUGAAAGGAAAGCCCGGAAUGGUUGAAAUAAGGACGAGAACAAGGGAAACAACAUCUCUACAACGCCAAUCAUGCAACUGCUCACAUGGGAUUAUGCGGUGUGCUACCAAAUAAUAUCCUUGGUAUGCUGGCUCUAGUCGUUUAGUCGUUCGGAGUUUUUGAGCACGCCGAUGAGACUUUGCCAGGAAGGAAAUGUCUCGGACACCUCAGAUCAACACAAGACAACCAUCGAGGCAUCCAGGGCCACGGUGAAGAUCAAUCCGGUUGGGUGGGUUGAAAGAAUGGGUGUGGAAGUCCAGUAUCUAAUGGCCCAUUGUCCGGCUGGUAGUGGGGUGAGAGCGAUCUAAAUUGGCUUGUACUGAACCUAAGGUGGUGGGCAAGGCUUGGUAUCAGUGAGUAGGAAGUACACGUGUGAGAAACCUCAGGUCAAAGAUGGGCCGGGGCGUAUUAUGUUGGGGCGCACUCGAGGCAACAGUGCCGAAAGAUCCAGAGAUUGAGAGUUGAGGAAUAGCCAGUUUCUCAGACUGAGAGAGGAGGCGGUGACGCUUAUGGCUCAGGUGGUGUUGAUGAAUACGAAGAAGAGUGUCAAAUGUAUUCUUCUCACCGGUAGAUUCGGGUGACACUAUAGUAAGGCGGGCGGGUAGGUUUGGUAAACAGGAUAUGCCUGAUUAGGAACAUCCAUGAUGAUAAAGACAAAUGACAAGAAAGAGAGAGAAAAAAAAAAGUUGUUUGGUCAAGUGAUCAUCCACCCUUUCACAG